CAUAUGUGCCGCGUCUCCGGCGAGGGGAAAUGCCGCGCCACAAACGCAGACGUCGGCAGAUACCCUGGGAACGCGCCCAGACCUCCUCUGCCGCAGAGCCGCUUUAAGGUUCUCCCCGCCCGGCCCCGCCGCUCGGCCACCGCUUCCCCGCGGCUCGGGCAUCCCCCGCUGCCGGUCUCGGGAGAGCCCCGCUCCCGACCCCGAGCCCGGCAGCGGGAGCGGGUCCCGGCGCUCCCCGCCCGUCUGUCCGGCUCCCUUCAUUCGCCUGCAGCUCGCCGAGGAGGCUGCAAGAACCACCGCGGGCUCUGCUGCCACCCACGCUGAGCUCCUCCCGCCCCGCAAUCCCGCUUUUCCACAGGGUGAGUCAUUCCACGCCACCUCGAACAGUCACCUAAGAACUUUCAGCCUUUCAAGCCUGCUCUUUUUACUGCGUCACGGUUGGACUUGAUGAUGCUGGAGGUCUUUUCCAGCCUUAAUGAUUCUGUGAUUCCGAUUCAGUGAUCAAGGGAAGAAGCGCAGUCACUUUACGUGUUUUACCCAUUAAACCAAAGGGCCUCAAAUCAGGUGAAGAUGAGUGCUGACGAGAUCCUGGUGUGUGCAGUAAAACUUGGAAAAAACCUCUGCCUCUAUUUUAUUGACGACGAUGAGCUGGAAUGUGAUGCCUUUUGCAAGGAAAAGGCUCUGCACAGAGUCCUUCGGAACGUGAACAGCCAGUUGCUGGUGGUUCGCCCAGAUCUCAACCUGGCAGCCUUUGAGGAUGUGACAGACCAGGAGAUGCAAUCUGGCCAAGGGAUGCACUUCACCAUCCACUGCUACAAAACCACCACCCCUGCAGCAGGGCUGCCUGUUGCCUUCAGUGUGCAGAUAGAAGACAAAAGUUAUUACAUGUGCUGUGAGAAGGAACGUGGGGAAAUGAUCGUUCGAUUCAAGGAAGGAGAAGUUCCCAAAGACAUUCCUGGUGAAAGCAACAUCAUCUUUUUCAAAAAGACGUUUACGUCGAGUUGCUCCAGAGCAUUUAAGUUCGAAUACUCACUGGAAGAAGGAAUGUUCUUGGCCUUUAAGGAAGAAGGCUACUUAAGAAAAUUAAUCCUAAAGAAAUUGUCAGGAAAAGAUGGAGUGGAUGAAACCAUGAAGAUAAGUUUGUCUGAAUUCGGUCAAAAUUAAAGUCACAACCUAUGAUGACAGACUUCCAACAGUUUUAAAAUAUAUUUUGGCUUUUUAUAAAAGAAACUUCAGUCUUUCUUUAUCCAAAACAAGCCAGUUUUCUGUUUUAACUACCAUAAGUCAGUACUUAUAAAAGAAAUAAACAUUUAAAAUAAUAAAUG